GGCCAUUGUUUACAUACAUCUGUAUAGCCCAAUUACAAAUAAAACCCAGUAGCAAUCCUAAGUAUACAAAUCGAAGAAGAAGAGGACAGCGAAUCAAAUACAAAUCGCCGCUUCAUCUUCUCCGAACCGCACAUUUCAACCGGUGAUUGGCACGAUCUGUAAUUUUUAGAGGCUGAAGUUCAAGCUAUUACAAUACACAAGGGACCCCUGCACAAUAGAAUUGGUAGCUUCAGAAAAUCGACAAUGGAGAGCGCAUGCGAAUUUGUGGAGUUCCCACAGCUGCCAACUCCAAUCGAAACGAAUUACAGGGCAUGCACAAUACCUUAUCGAUUCCCUUCUGAUAAUCCCAGAAAAGCUACACCCACUGAGAUUGCCUGGAUUGACCUCUUCCUCAACUCUAUCCCUUCUUUCAAAAAGCGUGCUGAGAGUGAUGAUUCAGUUACUGAUGCUCCUUCGCGUGCAGAUAAAUUUGCUCAAAGGUAUGCUGAAAUACUUGAAGAUUUAAAGAAAGAUCCUGAAAGCCAUGGUGGGCCACCCGACUGCAUUCUUCUUUGCCGACUUCGCGAGCAAGUUCUUAGAGAAGUGGGAUUCAGAGAUAUAUUUAAAAAGGUUAAGGAUGAAGAAAAUGCCAAAGCUAUAUCCUUAUUUGAGCAUGUAAUUGGCCUUAAUGAUGCUAUUGUGGAUGAAGCUAAGCGUGUUGAGAAUUUGGUUAGAGGAAUAUUUGCAGGAAAUAUAUUUGACCUUGGCUCAGCUCAGCUUGCAGAGGUGUUCUCUAAGGAUGGCAUGUCCUUUCUUGCUAGCUGUCAAAACCUAGUUCCUCGACCAUGGGUUAUUGAUGAUUUGGAUGCAUUCAUAUUGAAAUGGGGCAGGAACUGUUGGAAAAAGGCUGUAAUUUUUGUUGAUAAUUCUGGUGCAGACAUUAUUUUGGGUAUUUUACCAUUUGCAAGAGAGUUACUCCGGCGUGGGACACAGGUUGUUUUGGCUGCUAAUGAGUUGCCUUCUAUAAAUGAUGUAACAUACACAGAGCUGAUUGAUAUAAUUUCUAAGUUGAAGGAUGAGCGUGGGAAGCUUGCAGGAGUUGAUACCUCUAAUCUUUUGAUUGCAAAUUCUGGUAAUGAUUUGCCGGUUAUAGAUCUUUCAAGAAUAUCACAAGAGCUUGCCUACCUGGCGAGUGAUGCUGACAUUGUCAUUUUGGAAGGCAUGGGCCGCGGAAUAGAGACUAACCUAUAUGCUCAAUUCAAAUGUGACUCCCUUAAGAUUGGAAUGGUGAAGCACCCAGAGGUAGCUCAGUUCCUUGGGGGAAGGCUUUAUGAUUGUGUCUUCAAGUACAAUGACGUCUUGGGUUGAACUUAGGAUUAAUCCAUUUGUACUGUUAGACAAACAACAUUAGAAGGGAAGGUAAGUGAAAACAUGCUGCAGCAGGAGGACGUUAAAUAAUAUUACUACUAAAAUACUACUUGUGUAAGGAGAUUACUUGGUAAGAGUUAGUGGGAUCCCACUUGUUGGAUGUCCAACGCAAUUUGUAUUGAAGAUAAAAUUGUAUCGGGUCGGGUCUACCAUAAAUUGGGAUUAUUGUUCGGGGUGUUAGGCCUAAAUAAAGUGUACAAAGCUUGAGGCACA